AUGCGUCUUAAACCAUUCCUCCUCCCCCUCCUGGGCCUUCUAUCCCAAACAACCCAAGUUGACUCCGCCGCCAUAACCACCAAACGCUCAUCAAACCGCAUCCAAUGCCAACGCUCCGCGCAGAACUGCCCAGAAGGCACAAUCCUCGUCUCAGCAACCGACAAGCGCGCAAAAUACACAACAGUCCAGAGCGCAAUCAACUCCCUUCCAGAUGACGAUUCGACCCAAACAAUCCUCAUCCUGGAGGGCACCUACGUCGAGCAGCUAAACGUUACCCGCGCAGGACCCAUCACUAUCCUGGGCGAGACAGACUCGGCCACAGACGCGACAAAGAACAAGGUGACCGUGUCCUUUGCCGCCGCGAACCAGGACAGCACGGGCACAAUCGAUAAUGUUUGGUACAGCGUGCUGGUCGUGGCGCCGACGCUGAACGCUAGCCUCGUUGGCUCGGGGACAACGGGCUUUGCGGUACCGGACGAUACGCCGUUCGGAAACAAGAAUUUCAGGGUGUACAAUGUGGAUUUCAAUAAUGAUUUUGCGCCGUAUACGGAUGGUCCGGCGGCGGCUUUGAUGUUCAGUCGCGCGAACGGCGGGUUCUACUACUGCGGCUUUUAUUCCUACCAGGACACGAUCUACAUCGGCAAGCUCGGAAACGCCUACUUCUACAAGAGCAUUAUCGCCGGCGAGACCGAUUUCCUCUACGGCUUCGGCACAGGCUGGAUCCAAUCAUCCGAUAUCAAGCUCCGGGGCUGUGGCGGCGGUCUCACGGCCUGGAAAGGCACGAACACCACCUUCGAAAACAAGUACGGCAUCUACGUCGUCGAUAGCAAUAUUGCCGCGGCUAAUUCGUCCAUUGCGCCCGAUAUCUUGGGCAAGUGCUCGCUUGGUCGGCCCUGGAACUCGGAGCAUCGCUCUAUCUUUGCGGAUACCUGGGAAGAUGGAAGUAUAUUGCCUGCUGGGUACACUCAUUGGAUCUCCAGUGGUGUUGAUCGGUACGAGGCGAAUGUUACGCUUAUGGCGGAGUAUAAGGCUUAUGGACCUGGAUUUAAUCUGACGGGGAGAAUUGAUGGAGACAUUGAUACUUUGCUGACGAAGAGUGAGUAUGCUAAGUAUUCGACGCCUGCGCUUGUGUUCCAGGAUCAAAAGGGGACUUUUGGGGAUGUUAGUUGGAUUGAUUGGGAGACUGUUGAAGGGAGAUAA